AUUCACUAGUGAAUGACCAUAGAGUGACUUUCGGUCUUUACAAAUACUCAAAAAAGUGUUGAUGCUUUCUAUAGUAAAUUACAACCAACCAAACAGAAAUUUUGGACAUUUUAUUUGUGUGUAGCACAUAUAAUAUCAAUUGAAUUAAGUUGUAUAAACACAUGUUUCUAACAAUCGUGACCCAAGGAGUGAUUUCAAAAUAAUACUUGAUAGAUGGAAGUGUUCCGUGGUCGAGAAAAACUUACAAUCUGCAUAAUCAGCUGUCAGUGAGAUAGAUCAUCUGUCCCUGUAAAUAUAAAAGCUAAGACAAUCACAACACGUUUUAGUUUGAUACGUGUGUAUAAUGAAGUAAACAAUCGAGCUACGAUGUGACCCUGAAUGCGCUCGCGACAGACAGCGAUCUCGAAGCAGAUAUGGGGUAAUAACCUAUCAGCGGAGUGAGGCUGGCUACGGUAUGGCUGGACUCCCGUAAGGCGAACGCACGAGUUUCACGAUUGGAUCAUUGGUUUUAUGCUGAAACAUGUCCGGCGACUACUCGUUCGCGGCGAAAAUUGUGAGCCCGGUUAAGUGCAAUGAAAAGCCCUGGGAUCUGUGGGUCAGUGAAAUAGGGCACCUGUCGCCGCGGCAAGAUGACGACGCGACGUUCACGACGCCGGCGGCGGUGGACAAGGGUGGCGCGUCGGUGCGGCGAGUGCACGACGGCCACCCGUACAAGCAGGCGGACAGGCAGGCGCGCUACCGUCGCGCCGGCCUCAACCGCCUCAAGUAUGAGAGCAUGAGCCUCCACGGACUGUUCCCUCAGAUGGACAACUUGAAUGCUGCAGUGUGUCAUAUGUGUGGAGUGAUAGUGAAAUGUAGUGCAGCGUACAGACACUUGCUAGAGUCUCACACGGGGGCCGAGCCCCUUCCCCCGCCGCCCCCACCUGUUUCUACACACAAAAGUCGCAGCCGACAUAAAAAAGAGCCCCCUCCACCUCCUAUCCCUGUAGAUAUACUCCCAGUAAAAAUGGAUUCAUCCCCAGCCCACACCGCCACACCUCCUCUGUCGAGGCUAAUGCUACCCCCACAGCCUGACCUGCAGUACCUGGACGAAGCCAGCACAUCCUCCACUGUGCCGGGGGAGGUGAAGGUGAGCAUGGAGUGUGGAGAGUUACCAGUGGUCAGUAUACAGGACACAGAGGAUCUACCCCUCGGUGAAAAUUUAACUGAUGAUAUUUUUGCAAUUAUGAAUUCUGAAGGCAUUCAGAGUGCAGACGAUAUCACAAAUGCAGCAGACUGGAAAAAUAUUAUUAGAGAUAUUGGAAAUAUGGGUGAGAUAAAUUUUCCCCAAGCUACGGACAGUGUUCCAGCACAAGACUUGUAUCCACCUAUACACUCAUCGUCACUAGCAUAUGCAAUAUCAGACUCAGAUCUGUCCAAUAUACAAUUUGCGGCCAACACAUCCCCCAUGUUGCCUACGGUGAUGGACGCGAAUGCGCUGAACCCACCGCCACCGAAGCCUGUGGCUACGCCGACCACACCGUCAACUAAAUCAUCCUCCAGGUCGAAAACUAGUAAAACGAAGUUUAAUUUACGAGAAUACGAUCCGAACAAGCAUUGCGGUGUAGUGACUGCAGAGAACCCCAAGCCUUGCACGAGGUCAUUGACGUGCAAGGCGCACGCACUGUCGUUACGGAGGACGGUCGAGGGGCGCUCCAAACCCUUCGACACCCUGCUGGCGGAGCAUCGAGCGUCGCGGGAUGCGGGCGCGGCCGCGGCGGCGGCGACUGCGGCCGCGCCCGCUCCCGUAGCGCCCGUGCAGCUCGCGCCAGCGCCCGCGCCGCCGCCCGCCGCGCCUCUCAACCUCCCACCGCUCCUAGUCAAUACCUCGAUAGACCUGAGCACGUUCAACGGUCUCACCGCCGAGCAACAGGUCAACGAUAUCUACGCGAGCCUCCUCAACGUGGAGGAUCCUAACUCGGUGCUUCCCGAUACAUCGAGCAUUACGUCUCUGUUGAGCCAACCGUUAGCUCCUGAGGCGUUUCUCAUGCCAGACGAUGCGGAAAUACCUCCAGAAGUCCCCAUCCUGAGCAUAGCGUCCCCGUUGCCGACGCCGACGGCCCGGCUGGACGACAAGCCAGACGAGGCGCCCCCGCCGCUAGUGCCUGCAGACGUGUGUUGGUACUCGUCGUGCCCGCGCCCGCUGGCGCUCUGCACCUUCAACGCGUCGCACGCUGGUGGUGCCAUCACUUUAGGUAAAAAAUUCGCGACAGUUCGAAGUAAUAUAAAGUCUUCGCUAUCACGCUCGCAGUGCAAGUCGUCGGGUAACGUGAACAAUUACUAUUAUAAUCCGAACGCCCUGUCGUUAUCGAAAACAGUGCAUAUGAACGCUAGUAAAACGAACAAGCCUGAAGUGCGUAAACUGAUAGUGACGUGUAGUAGUGGCAUGGGGUCGGCAGGGGCGGGUGCGGGCGGCAAGGAGGUGCAGCAGACGCUGAGCGAGCUGUUCGGCGGCGAGGUGCGGCACGCGCUGAACGGGCACGCGGCGCACGUGGCGGGGCUGGCGGCGGUGGCGCGCCGGCCGCCGCUGAAGCACGCGCCGGGCAAGCGGCCGCCCGCGCCCGUGCUGGACCUCGGGUUCUCGCUCGACCCGCUGCUGGCCGACGAGAAGUGCUGAGCACCAAUAAGCAAUCACCGGUUGUGUAGUCACAUAAUAAUAAUUGUAUAUUUAUUUUUCUGUAAAGAAUCGAAUCGGAUUCACGUAUGUAAAAUGUAAAAUAAUCACGAAUUUUCCCGCAAGGAAUUUAAUGUUACGAUAAUGUUAAAUCUCAUUUUUUUUUCGUCGACAAGCGAACUAAUGUUUGUAUUAUUUUGUAUAUUAUUUUAUAAGAUUUUUUUAAAAUCCUUCUCCGAUACGAGAGUCGGGUAUGUGUCAAUGAAGAAUUAAAAAUAGAUUAUUACAGAAUGGUUGUAUUUUUUCGAAAUGACAUAUUACUCAUUGUUGAUACUGAAUUGAAUACUGAUAAAUGGCCUAGGAUUAAUAAUGGUUUAAUAAUGUGAUGAAAAUUUCCAUGUAAAAAUAUAAAUACUAUUAAAGUAAGUAUAUCCAUAAUAGUAAAUCGCCUCCUUUGAAAAAUAAAGGCAAAUACCUCAAUAACUAAAA